UUAGAAAGUAAAUGUGUGCAUACGCCACUUUCUAUUUUAGUAUUUUACUAUAGCAGUUGUGUUGUUAAUGACAUUUUGAGAUUGUUUAGUGUAGAUCAAUAUUACAUAUUAAAUUGUAGUAUGAAUUUAAUAGUUUGAGUGUCGUAGUUCGAGUAAGUAUUUUUUUUGGCGGCAGUUAAUUUGUUAAACCUUUAAUUUUAUGUUUUUGAGUUAGCUAAUUAAACUUUGUGAAACCUACCCUUGAAAAAGAAAUUGUCUCUUUUACCAUAUAUAAGUGUUAGUUGCUGACAAAAGUUUGUUUAACUCAGCUUUUCAUUAACAUCGUUAAGUUUAUUAGUGAAAAAUGCUAUAUUAAUAUUUGUCAGGGGUUCAAACGGAUUGGUUACCGUGGUAACCAUAUUAACUGAUAGCAUUCGAUUAAUUAGGUUUGGUUAAUUUGGCUAAUUGGUUUGGUUUGGUUAAAUAAUUUAGCUUAUUUGGUUUGGUUUCAACACUCCUAACUAAUGAAAUCAAUUAACCAAUUAAUGAUACACAUAAUAUACAAAAUUAUUUAUACUUCCAUGCAACCAAUCACACCAAACUUUCGUGAUUCCCUAUUUUAUUUCUAUGUGCACAACAAACCAAAACAUUAUGGAUAAAAAAUUCAAUGGGCCUGCCUAUAUUCACUAAACCAAAACAUUUUGGACAACUACUAGACUUUAGGAUUACGUGCAAUACCAUGACAACCACCUCAAACUAUGUUAGUUUAAGUGUUUUGUAGGAGAGCUUUAACUUCUUGAUGAGGGGUAUUGGCAUGUAUUUAUGUUUAGGGGUUUGUUGUAAGCUACCUAUAUUAGGUGCAGAGAUGAUGAAUGAUGUAUUAACUCGAAUGAUGGAUGAUUAGUCUUAUUAUUAUUGCUUAUAUAAAAUGAUAAUUUAUGUUUGUUUUCAUGUAAAGUUAUGUUAUUUGGUUAAUCCGUUUAUCCGAUUAACCAAACCAAUUAAAUUUUGAUUUGGUUAAUUUGAUUUUCGUUGAACGAUUUGAUUAAGAUAUUUUAUUCCAUGAUUAAUAAAACUCAGAUUUAAUUGAUUUGAUUAUUACUACGGUAACCAUUUGAACGACCCCUAAAUUAUUUGUCUAACAAAUUGCUAAUUUGUUAAAAUUUUACUCCCUCGACUAGAUGUUGGGCCGGCCACAAAGUCAAAUCCUGUCAUUAACGAGAAAGCCCGGCCCAUGAUCUACGAGUGAAGAAACGCAGUGACGGAUUCCUUCCUUGUAACCAAACAAGCUAUCCUCUCUCAGCCAUCGCAACCUGGUGGAGUAGUGCAGCAACCAGCAGAUAUCAUAGUACUACAGACCGCGGCCGGGGCGAAUUGAACGGCGACGUUGCAAAUCGGAGAGACAGAAAGGAGAUCAAAAGAGAGGUGGGUGAAAAUGGGCGGAGGAAUGGAGGCAAACAAGAACAAGUUCAUCGAGGACUGGGGCGCCGCCCGAGAGAAUCUGGAGCACAACUUCCGAUGGACUCGCCGCAACUUCGCCCUCAUCGGCUUGUUCGGCAUCGCCCUCCCCUACCUCGUUUACAAGGGAACCGUCAAGGAAUUUCAUAUGCAAGAUGAAGAUGCUGGCAGGCCAUACAGGAAGUUUCUUUAAGCUCAUCUGAAGGAUUGUGAAUCAAAAUAAUUGCGGAACAAGUGGAUUCUGGUUUUAGUUUCUUGUGUAUGUCCAUCUUGACAAGCUCCUGACUCUUUCGCCUGCAAGGGGUUACUCUGUAUGUUCUCUUCAUUUAUGUCUUCGUGGCUUCUUUUUACUACGGCUUGCAGUCCACAAACACUUUUUUCCCCCUUCUGCCAGUAAUAAUCUUGCAUUUUAUUCAGUGUUGUGAUACCAUGUCUUACUGACCGGUGAUGUUGGUUAAACCACGUACAAUGACUAAGCCGGUAUGCUUUUAUCACGGCUUUUAUACUGUCUUGCUAUCGUAUAAAAACAGGAGAUAACCAUUCUGAUUUCUAAGUGAGCUAACCCUUGCUAUGAAAGGAAACAGGAGAUAACUUAUAGAUAUCCACAUAGACACUGAUAAGAAAGAGUGAGGUUUAAA